UGUAUAUUUUAUAGCACACAUUAAUAGUGUAUCGCAGGCCGAAAACACGCAUCAUUAUCACAUCCUAAAGUUCACCCUACAAACUGCAUAAACGAGCGUUAUGGUCUUUCUUCUUCCAAAUGUCGUCUUCUCUAUUAUCGCUUUAGCUAUCCUGAAGGUAAUGAGUAUUUCUGCCCGCCCGGUUUCAGAGAAUUCAUCGAAUCCUGCGAAUGCGCGACGUUACUCUGAGCAUGUACCCCCGAUAGGCUCUGAUACAUUCAAUCCUGGAACUCUCUCUCAUCCCGCCACCGUCGCGGUCGAUCCAUUAGAAGCAAUAUUGGAUGCAUCGGGGCUCGGGGCACUUGAUGGCCAUGAUGAAGGUUCCAGUAAUAGCGACGAGGGAGAAGGGCCACUAGAUGAAAUUGCCCACCUGAAGGCGAGAACAGAGCGAGAAGUCAGCAGCUUUCAGGGAGAAGCUGCGAACUUUGCACGAUUGAGCAGCUUGGGUCUCUUAGCCGCCUCUGAUAUCUUGAUCUGGGCGGCAUACUGGGUCCCAUAA